AUGAUUACUAUAUUAAGAUAUAUUUAUAUAUUAGAAGGCGGAAAGAAAAAUUUAUCUAUGUCACAAUCUUAACAAUCAAAUUAAAACCUUAAUUUUUCAGAAGACGAUAACUAUUCGGAAGGGGAACGCUAUUCUCGUAACUUAAGAAGAGGUUAAACUAGACAAAAAAACAAAUACAAUAAAGAACCAGAAAAUAAUCCAUUAAAAUCAGGCCUACAAGAUGAUGAAUACGGAGAUGCUAUAUAAAAACGCCGUACCAGAGAAAAAUCAAAAAAUGGAAUUUAAAAUAUAAUAUAAGAAGAAAGAAAGGUUGAUUAAUAAAUUCUUUUAGCAGAGCAGGAAGACGCUGCAGAUUUCAAAGACGAAUAUUAUGGCCAAUAACCUGGAAGCAUAUUUUUUCCAGAAAUAGAUCAAAUUAUUUGGCGAAAAGAACUCAAAAAUGAAGACGGAACAUCUGAAUAUUCAUACUUAGUUAAAUAUAGAGAUUAUUCAUAUUUAAAAUGUGAAUGGCUAACUGAAAAAGAGGUCACUGGAGAUGAUAAAACAGGUAAAAACAGGCUUAAUAGAUUUAUUAAAAGUUUUGAGGAAAAAUUAUAAAAUGGAGAUUUUGAUUAAGAAAUGAUAGAAAAUGAAAGAUAUUUUGAUAUAAAAUUUACUGAAGUAGACCGAAUAAUUUAAUGCACGGAAAUUUUCUCAGUAAUCCAUCCUAAAAAAGCUAACGAAAUAAAAGGUAAAUGGAGUGAAAAUCUAGUUACUUUAGUCUAAAAACUACUUAAUUUUACCAAAGAUGAUGUGCAUUAUGGAAUACAUUUUAUGUAACCAAUAAAUCCAGAUUAUGAUUAUGAAUAUAAAGACUAUAGGAAAAAAAUUUAAAAUCCAAUGGAUUUAGGAACUCUUAUUAAUAGACUAUAUCUUGAUUAUUAUAAAAAUUUUUAAUCUUUUUUUAAUGAUUUUGGAUAUAUAUUUAAAAAUUGUAGAAAAUUUUUUAAAGAUUAAGAUAGAGAUGAAAUAAUUUUAUGUGAUACAUUAAGAGAAUGUGCAAUAGUUUUAUAUAAAGAAUGGUAUUAAAUAGAAAAGAUGAAAUAUGAAAUUCUUUUAAAAGACUAUUAAUAAUAAUAAGAUCCUGAGUAUAUAAAAAAAUAAGAAGAAGAGAAAAGAAUAGAAAAAAUCUAAAAAGACGAAAAAAUUAAAAAAUUAGUUGACCAAUAAAUCCAAUAAGUUCGUAACUGUCGUAAAAAAGGUGCAAUAUAAGACCUAACUAUCGAAGAAAUAGAAAAAUUUAAUCCAGGCCAAUUUUCCUUCAAUUGGUUAAGAGACGAAAAUUCCUUAUACGAAAUUGAAAUUGACAAUUUUAUUUAUUUAAACGACACAGAAAUUGAAAACUUAUCUUUUUUAAAAGACAUCGAUGUCCUAUAUCGUGUCAAAUGGAAAUGUCUUUCCUAUAUAUAUUCAACAUGGGAGCAUGAAAGUGUAUUCCAAAACCCCUAGAAAAUUAACGAAUAUCGAACCAAUAAUCGUGCUUUGGACAAAGACUCUCGGUAGAUACUCCAAGCCUAAUUAAAGCGUCACCAGACUUUAUUAGAAAUUGAAAACAAUCCAAAAAAAAAGAAGAAAUUAUGUCCACAAGGUCUCCAAGAUCUCAAAAACAAGCUUUAUUUUUACGACGUCGGAACCUAAAGGGAUCCUUUUUAAUAUACAGUGAAAAACUAACCUAUAUAUAAAUAACGUAAACUCCUCAGAUAUUACCAAUUAGAAUCUCUAAACUGGAUGAUAGAGUCUUGGUAUAGUAAAAGAAACGUAAUUUUAGCAGAUGAAAUGGGUUUGGGAAAAACUAUAUAGAGUAUCGCUUUUAUUAAUCAUUUAUAUACUUUCGAAAACGUAAGAGGACCUUUUCUUAUUAUAGCACCUUUAAGCACACUAGAACAUUGGAAAAGAACAGUUGAAGAUUGGACUAAUUUAAAUGGAGUUUUAUAUUAUGAUAAUGCAGGAUAGCCUGGAAGGGAGUCUUGUAGAAGUUUUGAGUGGUUUUAUACUGAUAUUUCCACUAAAGGGACAGUUCUGUAGUCAACUGAAAUUUAUAAGUUUUAAGUACUUAUUACUACUAAUGAAGUUUUUUUAAGUGAUAUAAAUAAUUUUUUGAUUAAUAUUCCUUUUUAGUUUAUUGUUGUUGAUGAAGCACAUAAACUUAAAAAUUAAAACGCGAAAAUACUUUAAGCUUUGAAAAGAUUACCUUGUAAAAGAACAUUACUUUUAACUGGUACUCCAAUAUAAAAUAAUACAGAAGAAUUGUGGACUUUAUUAAAUUAUAUUGAACCUACUAAAUUCGCUAGUUUGAAAGAAUUCAAAGAGAAUUUCGGAGAACUCCAAAGUUAAUAACAAGUUGAUAAUCUUCAAUAAAAAAUAAAGCCAUAUUUACUCAGGCGUAUGAAAGAAGAUGUUGAAGACAGUAUACCUCCUCUUUAAGAAACUAUUACAGACAUUGAAAUGACUAAUAUAUAAAAAACUAUAUAUCGAGCAAUAUACGAAAGAAAUAAGUCCAUGUUAUAGAAAUAAUUCUCUACAACAGUAAUGAAUACAUCAUUAAAUAAUUUAGAAAUGUAACUUCGAAAAUGUUGCAAUCAUCCUUUUCUUAUAAAGAAAUAGAAUACGAAAUUACCCAAAAUCUAUAAACUCAUGAAGAAAGAUUUCUAAAAUAAUCGAAGUUUCUGGGAAAAUGAUACUAUUAGACAAACUAGUAUAGAAAUAUAAAUAGGAAGGCAAAAAAAUACUUAUUUUUUCCCAAUUUGUUUAAAUAUUAUAAAUACUGGAAGAAUAUUUCAGAUAUAAAUAAUUUAAAUAUGA